GCCGCCGCAAGCUCCUGAGCUACUGUCCGCACAGCCAUCGAACUCCCGAGCUAGCGGAGGCGCACGAGUAGAAACGGCCGGCUUCCUCUUUUUGCUGGGGACUUGCCCAAGAAAGUUGAUAUGGAUGAAUCAAUUGAUGUGAGUGAUGCUCUUGCACAUGCGUCACACCCAGACAACAACAUAAGGUCAAUAGGAGAAGACAUGCUAAAGCGGCUCCAAAAUCUUGAUCUUCCCAACUUCCUCCUAUAUUUAUCAUCUGAGCUUUUGAGGGAGGGGAUUCCAGAAGAGUCUAGGGCACUUGCUGCCAUCACCCUUAAGAACUCCUUGGACUCAAAGGAUCCUGCACUCAAGGAUGCACACAAGGAUCUACUUUGUAUAAAAUGGCUCAGCCUGGAUCCCUCUAUCCGAUCAGAGAUUAAGAAUAAGUUGCUCAUGACACUAGAAUUUGAUUCAAGGCAAUCUCAUUCAAGGCACCCCUCAUCAAAAGUUAUUGCAAAAGUUAUUGCGAGGGUUGCAUGCAUGGAGAUACCCCGGAAUCAAUGGCUGGACCUUGUUGGUAAAUUAGUGGACAACAUGGCAAGUUCAUCUUCUUCACUAAAGCAAGCAACUCUAGAGGUGCUCCAGUAUAUCUUUGAGGCGAAGAUCCCUAAAGUUGUCAAGGGGGAUCAAGUGGAUGUUGUUAUGGGUAGUGUCAUCAGUGCACUGAAUAACCAGAUGCUAGAUUCUCAAGUCCAUCUCACAGCCCUUAAAGCUUUACUCAACAUUCUUGAGUUUACCAAGUUUGAAGACCAUGCUUGGAGGAAUUCUGUAGUGGCAGUUUGUGAAGUGGCAGGCAGGAUAAAUUCUGGAGCAGAGAUCAAAGAGGCAGCAUUUGAGUGCCUUGUUGCAAUUGCACACACUUGUCAUACCAUAUUAGAACCUUACAAGGAGAUCAUGAUGAGUCUUACAUCCCAAGCUUUGGAAGGAGAUGUGGAAUCACUUAAAUUCCAAUGUAUUAAGUUGUGGAUCACUGUUUUCCAAGAAGAGAUUGGUUGGGAAGAGGAAGAGGAAGAGGAGGAAGAAGAAGAAGAAAAAGAAAAAGAAGAUGAUGAUGAAGAAGAGGCAUCUAGCUUUAUUGGUCCUCUCUGUUCAUUUGUUCCACUUCUCCUACAAACUUACUUAAACAAAGAACAGGGAGAUUUAAAACAGGAGGACAUUUGGAAACAGGGAGACGAGGGAGACAUUUCCAUGACGGGGGAACAAGAAGAAGAGGGAGAUGAAAAUGUGGAACAAGAGGGAGUAAACCUUGAAGACAUUUUGGAACAAGACGAAGAGGAAGAUGAGACUCUACAAGGCAUUUCCAUGACAUGCCUAGGCCUUGCAGCUAGAAUUAUGAAGGGUGGAGUUGUCCCCCUUGUGAUGCAUUUUGUCAAGGAGAACUUGAAUGGGCCACAUAAGAUAGCAGCAUUGUCUCCAUUAGGUUUUAUCCUGGAAGGUCCCUCGGUCAAGCAACUUGCUCCUCUAGUUCAUUUAUUGCUUGUCUUGAUGGACCAUCCGGAGGAAGGUGUAAGAGGCAGGGCUGCCUGGACACUUGGGCGGCUGUUUAAGCUUGUUGGUGCACAUAGAAUCGUGAGAAAUGAGGUGGUAGUCCUGGAUCGGAUCAUGAAGCUCUUGAUAGAAAGGAGCAAAGAUGUCCCUGAAGUGUCCGUUGAAGUGCAUGGAGCUCUAUAUUUUCUUGCAAGAGGUUAUGCAGAAGAUGCAAAGUCAAGGUCAAAAUCAAACUCAUGUGAGCUUUCACCUUCUGUUAAGCCUCUUAUUGAUGCUCUUCUUUGUGCUUCGGAUCUGGCUAGGGAGACCCCUUUUUGCCUUCUUCCAUCUCCUUAUAAAGCUUUGAGUGAGAUUGUGAGAGUUAGUGACACUGGGGACUUACAAGUUCGCCGGGCUGUUAUAGGCUUGAUGUCUCAUAUUAUGAGGAGAUUCAACAUUGUGCUUAAUGGUCAUGGUGCAGUUUCAUCUGUUCAGAGGAAGAACCAACUUGAGGUCUUGCUGUGUGGUCUAGUUGAAGUCUUGAUCCACAAGCUUGGAAGUACACUCAAGGGGUCUGCUAAAUGUGUGUUGAUGUUGUUGUGCCCUCUCUUAACCCGUGAGAGUACAAGUGCACGAAAUGGAGCAGCCCUUGCCAUUGGUGCUCUUGCUCAUGCCAUUGGUGCUGAUUUUGGACAACACAUGCCUACGGUGCUACAAUAUUUCAGUGUGAAGCGACUCUCUCCACUUUAUUUAGAAGUGAUAUGUGAUAUAUGCCAUGUCUUGGGAAAAGAGGGAAAAGAGGAAGAAGUGGUGCCAUGCUUUGAUCAUAUUAUGGAAGUUUUGUAUCAAGGUAUGGGAGAAUCGACACUUCAACCUCCAAUUCUAUCAAGCAUUGGACAGAUUGCUCUUGCUAUUGGUGAAAAAUUUGAGAAGUACCUGCCUCCAGUUAUGGAAAAGCUUAUAGUUAUGGAAAAGGUUGCUCAACUCGAUCAGGAUCCUCUUGGGGAUCAUAGUAACAAGGUUAGAGAGGCGAUAUCUAAGGCCUACCAUGGCAUAUUAGGGGGUAUAACCGACCCAAAGUCUGGAUUCAAGGUAGGAAUGGCUCUACUUGACUUCACUGAAAAGGAGAGAAAGAGAAGGGACAGUGACAGAAGGUCCAGAAGGACUAGGACCAUGACAGCCAGGGACACAAGGACCAUGAAAGCGCUAGUUGAUGCCUUGUCUCAGCUUUCUCCUAGAGUGGGGGUUUGGUCAGAGGCGUUGAUUCGAUCGGUGCACGAAGCAAAUACGCCCUCCUUAAACAAAUAUAAGAGCGUUUAGAUCACUACUUUAGUGAUCUAAAUGCUCUUAUAUUACUUUACAGAGGGAGUAAUCAUUGGGAGAGGAAGGACGGUGUGCUUUAUUUUGAUCCAGUCAACUAAAGUGUGUCGGUUAACUGUUGGAAACUCUGUUUUAUGUCGAACUAACGUGUGUGGGCUGUGGGUUUGUUGGAAACUGCAUGUAUCCUCUCUAAUUAAUUAGAGUUAUUAUUAUGGUGUUGACA